UGGUGCCAAGAAAUCUUUUGUUUGUGGUGACCCUUGUGGUGCUGCUAAAGAAUUUGUUUGUGAUAACCUUUGUGGUAUUAAAUUUCAUGUUGCCAAGAAGCCUUUUGUUUAUAGUAACCUUCGUGAUACUGAGAAAUGUUUUGUUAGAGGUGACUUCCAUGGUGCUAAGAAAUCUUUUUUUUGUGAUGACCAUUGUAGUGCAAACUAUUCUAUCGUCCAUGACCAUUCUAUUGUCAAUGAUAAUUCUAUCAUCCACAACUAUUCUAUCGUCCAUGACUAUUCUAUUGUCUAUGACCAUUCUAUCGUCUAUGAUUAUUUUAUUAUCUACAACUAUUCUAUCAUUCACGACCAUUCUGUUGCCCAUAAACUUUCUGUUCAUGAUCAUUCUGUUGCUCAUCAUUCUGUUGCCCAAGAUCAUUCUGUUGCCUAUCAUUCUGUUGUUCAUCAUCCUGCUGCCCAUAAUCAUUCUGUUGCCCAUGAUUAUUCUGUUGUUCAUGACCAUUCUGUUGUCCACAACAAUGCUAUUGCAUAUGACCUUGGUCAAUUUGUUUGA